AUGAGAAAGUCUGGACAGGGAAGUGCCGAUAUGUGGACCUACUGUACAACAACCAAGUUCUGCAAGUUGAGGAAGAGCUGUACAGUUCCAGCGAAGGCAGUGUAUUAUUGCGAUGUUCUUUGCAAGGCGUACCCUGACAUUGAUGGCAAGUUUGCAGCAUUCAUGACUGCCACCCAACAAUCCGAUUCUGAAGUUGCAUUGACAGGAAGUGCCGGUGCAGAGGACAGCGCUGCUACUGGAAACAGGAAGAACAAACAACUGGACACCUUGUGCAGUGCAAUUGUCCAGGCAACAACAAACAUGAGCGACACCAGUGCAGCCAAAAGGGAGGCAAGUGAAGAGAGGGCGGAGAUGGAAGCAGAGAAGGCUAGGUUGGACACAGAAGAGAGAACAUGGAAUCAGUACACAUCCAUAUCCGACAGGUUCUUGACUCUGUUGGAGGAUCCAAGCAAGAUUUCUCUUGCACGUAACAUGGCAGUGCGUAUUCGGAAACUGGAAAAGACGCUUGGUUUGGAUGGCCCUUUCAGUGUCACCAAAGAACUCAAUAAGAAGCUUCGCGAGUAUGGCAUUGCAUUAAAUCCUGCCGAAUUGGAGGUUACAGUAGUAGAGACAAGUGUGGCCAGCGAACCAACUCAUCAGACGAACUAG